AUGGUGUCCGGGGUGGGGGUCAAACCCCCAGACCUCUGCGAGAAUUGCAUAGAGGGACUGAUUAUAAUUACCGAAGAGUUGAUUACCGAAGAGUUGGCAAGAAUUACCGAACAAGAAAACAAAAAGGAGACCAGUGAAGUCGUCGAACCAAAAGUAGGAAAAGAGGCAAAGAGAGACACUGAAACUCAGAAACGAAAAGAAGUGACCCAACAGGAGACGGAGACUGUCAAUGAAGCUAAGGAAGUCGUGAAAGAAAAAGAAGAAACGAAAGAACAAGACACAGAGAGUACGGUCAUUAAACAAAAGGAAGAAACGACAGAACAAGAGACAGAGACAACAGUACAACAGACGGAGAGUGACGUUCUAAAAGAAAAAGAAGAAACGACUGAACAAAACACAGGGAGAAAAGUCCUGGAACAAAAAGAAGAAACGACAAAACAAGUGACAGAAUGUGAAGAGUCAAAGACAGAAACCAACGUCCCGGCAAUUGUAAAAGCCCACCGGAAUUUAGAGGAACAUGCUAAAGAGUUAGGUGCACAUGAUUGGUUGAACGAGGUACUUAGUGACCUUGAAAGUCCACCGGAAAGUCCUGAUUAUAUAAAUGAUAUUGAAGAAAUAACAAAAUUCCUUGAAGACAGCCCACCUGGAUCAACAGCAUCGGAAAGAGGAAGGGAAGUCAAUGACAAGACAUUUGAUUCAAGCAACAAUAAAGAAAGCGAGUUUUCAAGUGAAAAGGUGAAACAACAAGCUAAACCGGCAGCUGAAGAGGCGAUGAAAGAGACUGAAGAUACCGAACUAAAAGCUAAACCGGCAGCUGAAGAGGCGAAGAAAGAAACUGAAAAGACGGAAGAAAAAGCUGAACCGGCAGUUGAAGAGGCCAAGAAUGAUAGUUUGAAAGCGGAAGUAAAAUCUAAACAGGUAGUUGAAGGGGCGAAGAAAGAUAAUGAAGAUACAGAACUAAAAGCUGAACUGGCAGCUGAAGAGGCGAAGAAAGAAACUGAAGAUACAGAACUAAAAGCUGAACCAGGAGCAGAAGAGGCGAAGAAAGAAACUGAAAAGACAGAAGAAAAAGCGGAACUGGCAGCUGAAGAGGCAAAAAAAGAAACUGAGGAGGCGGAACGAAAAGCUGAACCGGCAGCUGAAGAGGCAAAGAAAGAACCUGAAAAGACGGAACAAAAAGCUGAACCGGCAGCUGAAGAGGCGAAGAAGGAACCUGAAAAGGCUGAACAAAAAGCUGAACCGGCAGCUGAAGAGGCGAAGAAGGAACCUGAAAAGGCUGAACAAAAAGCUGAACCGGCAGCUGAAGAGGCGAAGAAAGAAACUCAAGAUACAGAACUAAAAGCUGAACCAGGAGCAGAAGAGGCGAAGACAGAACCUGAAAAGGCAGAAGAAAAAGCGGAACCGGCAGCUGAAGAGGCGAAGAAGGCACCUGAAAAGGCGGAACAAAAAGCUGAACCGGCAGCUGAAGAGGCGAAAAAGACGGAACAAAAAGCUGAACCGGCAGCUGAAGAGGCGAAGAAGGAACCUGAAAAGGCUGAACAAAAAGCUGAACCGGCAGCUGAAGAGGCGAAGAAGGAACCUGAAAAGGCGGAACAAAAAGCUGAACCGGCAGCUGAAGAGGCGAAGAAAGAAACUAAAGAUACAGAACUAAAAGCUGAACCAGGAGCAGAAGAGGCGAAGACAGAACCUGAAAAGGCAGAAGAAAAAGCGGAACCGGCAGCUGAAGAGGCGAAGAAGGAACCUGAAAAGGCGGAACAAAAAGCUGAACCGGCAGCUGAAGAGGCGAAGAAAGAACCUGAAAAGGCUGAACAAAAAGCUGAACCGGCAGCUGAAGAGGCGAAGAAGGAACCUGAAAAGGCGGAACAAAAAGUGGAACCGGCAGCUGAAGAGGCGAAGAAGGAACCUGAAAAAGAGGAACAAAAAGCUGAACCGGCAGCUGAAGAGGCGAGGAAGGAACCUGAAAAAGAGGAACGAAAAGCUGAACCGGCAGCUGAAGAGGCAAAGAAAGAAUCUGAAGAGGCUGAACAAAAAGCUGAACCGGCAGCUGAAGAGGCGAAGAAGGAAACUAAAAAGGCGGAAGAAAAAGCUGAACUGGCAGCUGAAGAGGCGAAGAUAGAACCUGAAAAAGAGGAACAAAAAGCUGAACCGGCAGCUGAACCGACAGCUGAAGAGGCGAAGAAGGAACCUGAAAAGGCGGAACAAAAAGCUAAACCGGCAGCUGAAGAGGCGAAGAAAGAAACUGAAAAGACGGAACAAAAAGCUGAACUGGCAGCUGAAGAGGCGAAGAAAGAAACUAAAGAUACAGAACAAAAAGCUGAACUGGCAGCUGAAGAGGCGAAGAAAGAAACUGAAAAGACGGAACAAAAAGCUGAACUGGCAGCUGAAGAGGCGAAGAAAGAAACUAAAGAUACAGAACAAAAAGUGGAACCGGCAGCUGAAGAGGCGAAGAAGGAACCUGAAAAGGCGGAACAAAAAGCUGAACCGGCAGCUGAAGAGGCGAAGAAAGAAACUAAAGAUACAGAACAAAAAGCUGAACCGGCAGCUGAAGAGGCGAAGAAGGAACCUGAAAAGGCGGAACAAAAAGCUGAACCGGCAGCUGAAGAGGCGAAGAAAGAAACUGAAGAUACAGAACAAAAAGUGGAACCGGCAGCUGAAGAGGCGAAGAAGGAACCUGAAAAGCUGAAGAGGCGAAGAAGAAACCUGAAAAGGCGGAACAAAAAGCUGAACCGGCAGCUGAAGAGGCGAAGAAGGAACCUGAAAAAGAGGAACAAAAAGUGGAACCGGCAGCUGAAGAGGCGAAGAAGGAACCUGAAAAGGCGGAACAAAAAGUGGAACCGGCAGCUGAAGAGGCGAAGAAGGAACCUGAAAAGGCAGAAGAAAAAGUGGAACCGGCAGCUGAAGAGGCGAAGAAGGAACCUGAAAAGGCAGAACAAAAAGUGGAACUGGCAGCUGAAGAGGCAAAGAAGGAACCUGGAAAGGCGGAACAAAAAGUGGAACCAGUAG